AAGAAACAACGUGUUGGAUAGAAAGUUCGUAAAAUAGCGACAGUUUCGGCGGCAAUUAUGAUGUGGGAAUCUGUGUGGUUGAUUGUGGUUGCCUUGUUAUGGGGUUCAACAAACCCUCUCAUGAGGAAGGGAGGAAAGGGUAUCGAAGACGUCAAACGGGAGAGUAAACUUGCACAGUUUUUCGCUGAAGUGAAAUUUCUGUUGUUGAAUUGGAAGUACAUUCUGCCUUUCCUUGUGAACCAGUCAGGCUCAGUGUUGUUUUAUAUCACACUUGCCUCAGCAGAGUUGUCCGUGGCCGUGCCUUUAACAAAUGCUCUGACUUUCCUCUUUACAACACUGAUGGGAAGGAUUUUGGGAGAAGACAUUGGUGGAAAGGAAACUUAUUUUGGAAUGCUUCUGGUGGUUGCUGGUGUCACUCUUUGUGUGUUUGGUAAAACGUGACAGAGGAUCUCAAAAGCUGGUAGCUGUACGUACAUGGUUGGACUUAUAUGCAAUUUUUUUUUAAAAGAUGAUUUUUUAGAAUACAUGCAAGGUUUAAAUAUCACACUGGACCACAGGCUUGAGGACUGGAAUUUUUUUUUUACAAACCGUUCAGUACCCUGGUGCAGUCAACUUGAACAAGUGUCCAGUGACACUACACUCAAUGUAUAUCAAUAUAAGUUUAAAGGGAAGGUACACGUUUGGUUAUUGCCCAAAACAAAUAUUAACUUAAAAACUGACUUGGUAAUGAGCA